AUGCUAGAAAGUGUUGCCGAGAAUGUGCACUGUUCCAAACCCCCUGUUACUAAUGAGUCUCCAGCGCCGCUCAAGUCCGUGUUGUCUGAUGAUGAGGAUGAGGGUUUGCAGCAUUUUCUUGAAAAGCUGAAGGAGUAUGUGCACGAGUUGCCCCGAGAUCAGAUAAAAACCACGAAAGACUCAAGCGAAAUUAGACCUGUGCAAUGUAACGGCUCUAGAUCGUUUAGGACGGAACGAUGGGGUUCAUUGGAAGGGGCGGGUAUCCCCCAGCUCUUGGAACAGACACUAAUUGGCACACCACAAUUAGAGGUGCCAUUAGCUUCUGAAAUCCUGCGGCGGGCGGCAGACCUCGCGUAUCAAGCUAUGAGAGAGGUGCCCGACACCAACGCAGCAGCCCAAUCAUUUACAACUGUUAAUCAGCGUCCCGGUGAGAACUACAUGCGGUUUAUUGACCAUCUUCAAGAGGCCGUCAACAAGCAGGUUGAAAACUCAGAAGCUGAGGAAGCACGGGUGUUGGGAUUAGCAGCAGAACGCCGAUGUAUUUACCACUUGGGCCAACUUGGCAAAGAAAGCCUCUGGAGCACUGCAGCACAGUUACAAGACCUGAGCAAAACCCUGCCCCUGCCAGACCAGCUCCAUAAGCUCCAGGAACAGCUUUAUCAUCUGCGCUGGAGCACAAAGGAUGUCGCGGAGCAGGCUCUACAGGAAGGACUGAAGCAGGCAAAGCUCCCAGGCGUUACCGGACGGGCUGUUCAGGAGAUCAUCAGUCAAGCCCUGGAGAAUCUGGUGGAAAUCCAGGUCCCGAUGCCGGAUUACGCCCUGAAAUCAGCAGGGGCUGCUGUCAUUCAUUCCAGGACUUCUCCAUCCUUCCGGAACGCCAAAGCCAAACUCUUCUUCUAUUCCCUGCCAUUGAUGGAUUACAUGAGGUCCCCUGAGCUUAUUCUGGAGCCAGAAAAUUAUCCUGGCAACUGCUGGCCCUUCCCAGGAAGUCAGGGACACGUGUUCAUCAAGCUGUCCAUGCCAGUCAUUCCAAGAGCAGUCACCAUGGACCAUGUCUCAGGGACAGCGUUCCACGGAGAAAGUAUCUCCGGAGCUCCAAAGGACUUUGCUGUCUACGGCUUCAAGGAAGAACACGAGGAGCAGGGAACGUUCCUGGGACAGUUCACUUUCCUGGCGGCGCUGAAUCCCAGUCAGACCUUCCAGCUGAAGAACGAGCUCCCUGGGGUCGUGAAUUACAUCAGGCUGCAAGUGCUGAGCAACUGGGGCCACCCGGACUACACCUGCCUGUAUCGGUUCAGGGUGCACGGUGAUCCGCCCAGAGAUGGGGGAGACGUUCCUGUUUCUUCUAUCAAUAAAUUCCAUUAACGUUCACCCAGUCGAGUUCCCGUCUGCUUUGCCUGUGGUGCUGCCUGGUCCUCCCUGAGCUCACUGGAGCUCCCCAUCCUUCUCUCAACCACCAGCUUACGGGAGACUUCAGGAGCACACAGCAAGAUUGUCCUUGUUAGGGGAAAUGGAAAACUCAGUCACAAACCUGCAGGAAGCCUGACAUGCACACACUUGCUGCGACACAGGAACAUCAGCAAGGCCCUGCCUGGACACCAGAGAUUAAAUUAAUGGACAGGUUUCCUGUGCAGGAAGCAACUAAGGAUCCACUGAAUGGAACCAUCUGUUGUUACCUGUUUUCACAAGAGGCACAUGCUGCUUCAGCUUCCAUCUUUCAGUCUUUUGCCGAUGAGAAAACGGAAGUGUGUGUUUUUGUAAGAAGGAAACCUUAAUUGGAAAGUUGGUUCAUGAACUUUUUUGCCUCUCUGGGCACCUAUGGACUGAAUAGCCCAGGAACUGUUACAGAGUGAUGAGCAAAGCAG